AUGGUCUCCGCCGUGGAUAUCAUCACCUACAUCGGUAUCCCACUCGCAGUCCUCGGCGUCCUCCCCACAAUCUACACGUGUCUAAAAUCCUUCUUCACACUUCGCGAAAUCACGAAGACGUUGCAUAGAAAUGGGGUCAUCGCGAUUACGCGCAGCGCCCUGCUUUCCGGGAUCGUCGAGAUUGAGAUUCCGCGGAGGAGUAUUAUUCCCCUCGACCGCGGCGACCCGAAGUACUUUGCACUGAAUGCCAGGCCGUCGAGUCUGAAGGGCGGGACAUGGACGUUGUUCAAUUGGAAAGAAAUGGUUAUUGGGGUUAAGAGUUAUAGAUUACAGUAUCAUGACGAGCUUUUGCAACCGCAGGCAGAGAUUGAGUUUGAAGCGCUGAUAGCUUUCUUGUUGGAUAGAGGCGCUGUGCCAAGUAAAGAAGGAUGGGCGGAUCUGAGAGGGGCCGGGUUGUGGACACCUGCAGGGACGAAGUUGUUGCUGAGUCCGGUGUCAGGAGAAGAAGUGUUAAGUGUGGCAAUGAGUGAUGAUUCGGAUGGGAUACUGAGCUUGAGCUUGAAUUGGCGCAGGGAGUGGGAUCGAAGGAGCGCGGACAGUUUACCGCCAUACUGGACGAGGGUAAAUCCUCCCUCUGUGAAGGACGUAGAUGUGCUGGCGAAGCUUAAUGAGAUGGAGGCACCGCAGCAGGACGGGAAGAAAGAGGUGGAUAAGAAGGGCGGAUUUCUGGACGAUGACAGCGCUGCGAGUGCUGUAAAUGUAGGAUCGAAUUCCGCGGUAAGAGUUCGAAUCGGCUCUGCCGGUAUCCAGGAAGCAUAUGGAGAGGAUGACGCAAAGCGAAAGUUGACUCUUCUCCACCUCCGCCCACCAUCAUCAUCUCACGACCCCACUGCCGGUUUCUGGUUCUGUUGCGCCGCGACCGCAUACGAAGCCCCCCAAGGCGGCCUCUGGAGCUUCUCCAUCCCAGAAGACGUCCUCUCAUUCGUACGCCAGGACACCGUACCAUGCGGCGUCAUGGUUCUCCUUGGCACGAUGACCGACGACGAAGUCCCCACCUGGCGCACACCCUACGACUACAAAGCCGAGCAGUUCGAAAAACAUGUUAAGUUUAUGGACCAAAGCCGACGAAUGCAAGAAGAAAGCCGCAUGCCACCAGAGCAGCGUGCUGCUGCGCAAAAGAAGCGUAUGGAGCAGGACGCCAUCGAUUUCCACAACGAAGCUCGUCGCCGCCGCAUGAAAGAAGAACAGCGUCGAGAAUCUGAAAUCCUAGAAGCUAUGCAGAGCCAGAAGCUUCCGAUAGCUAUCGUCGCUGAGGCAAACCGUAAAUGGAUGGUCCAAAAAUUCUCCCUCUCUGAAGAAAUUCCUAUCCUCUCCCUCGUCGAACAAACGAUGUUUGGUAUGGUGCAAGACAGUUCCUUUGCUAAACGUAUAUCGAUCAUGUUGGAUCUAUGGAAGAGUUGGGGGCAGUCGGGCGGGAUGACGAAAGGGCAUUAUUUGGCGAUUAAAGAGGACCAGGUCACUUUCGCGUUGGCGAGUUUUGUGUUGUUCGUGAUUCGGAGUAUGGUUAGUGAGCCAAUGGGGAGUGUGGCUGGGGAUUUACAGGAGUGCUUGAGGAUCUGGAAGAAGGCUCGGCUGGGAUGAGUGUGUUGGGUAUGGUGAAUGAUACCGGCGUUGGCAUGAGCAUUCUUCACGAUGGCGGGUGGAUUGGGG